AUGGCAGACCCCAAGGAUUUGAAAAUUGCCAUCAUUGGCGCAGGAAUGGGCGGCCUGGGUUGCGCACUCGCACUGGCCAAGAAGGGAUUCAAGCACAUCGAUGUCUAUGAGACGGCCUCCAACCUCGGCUUCGUCGGCGCCGGCAUUCAAAUGCCGCCAAACGUCGUUCGCGUACUCGAUCGCCUAGGCUGCUGGCCCGAGAUCGAGAAGACAUGUACAGACGUGAAGAGUUCAAGCAUCCGACAGGGCGCCACCAACGUCGAGCUCGCUCACGUCGAGAUGCCCGACAUUCGGAAACUCUACGGCUUCCCCCACUGCAACGGCCACCGUUCCUCCCUCGCCAGCGGCAUGUACGACGCCUGCAAGAAGGAAUCCGCUAUUACAUUCCACUUCUCACAGGCUUUGCUAUCGGUCGAAUCCUUUGCGCCCAAGCCAAAGUUUACCCUGCAACCGCGCGACGGCGAGGCCUACUCAGUCGAGUCCGACGUCCUCAUCGCCUGCGACGGCAUCAAGAGCAUCAUCCGUGCUCAACUGCUCGAGUCCAUCGGCGCCGUCGGCGGGGAGGAGGAUACGGGCCAGGCCGCCUACCGCAUCAUGCUCAAGCGCGAGCAGAUCGCCGACGACCCGGAACUCCUCGCCCUCCUCGACUCGGACGAGGUCAUCCGCUGGAUCGGCGAGAAGCGCCACAUCAUCGCCUACCCCGUCUCCUCCCACACGAUCUACAACCUCUCCACCACCCAGCCCGACUCCAACUUCGCCGUCGCCACGAACGCGACCUACACCACAAAGGGUUCCAAAAAGGCCAUGCUCGACGUCUUCCACGACUUCUGCCCCCUCGUCCACCGCAUGCUCAACCUCGUCCCGGACGGCGAGGUCUGCGAGUGGCGCCUGCGCAUGCACAAGCCCCUACCGACCUGGGUCCACACCGACGGGCCCGUCGCCCUCCUCGGCGACGCCUGCCACCCGACCCUCCCGCACCUGAGCCAGGGCGCCGCCAUGGCCAUCGAAGACGGCUCCGUCGUCGCCGAGGUCCUCGCCCGCGCGCCCGACACGUCCCCCGCGACGCUCCGGCGCUGCCUCAAGGCAUACGAGCUCUCCCGGCGCGACUGGACCUCCCAGCUCGUCAACAUGGCCUUCCUCUCGGGCAAGCAGCUGCACCUCGGCGAGGGCAAGGCCAAGGAGGAGCGCGAUCGCAUGUUUGCCGAGUCCAGGCAGACCGGCGCUGUGCCGGAUAAGUGGGCCUCGCCCGACGUGCAAAAGAUGAUUUAUACAAACGACUGCGUGGCCAACAUCCAAAGAGACUUUGACGAGUUUUUCAGUAGCGUAGCAUAG